CCCACCCCACCCCACAAAGAGAAUGCGAUACACACAUACACACACACAUGCACACACACAGACACACAGACACAGAGAGAUGUAGGAGCUAAAGAAAGAGCUGCCUGCCAUAGAGAGAGACGUGUGCAAAGCUGCGAGGAUGCGAAGUCCCUCCCUUGUUUUUCGAUAUGAGUGAGGCAGGUCUGUCUAUUGUACACACACGUACACAUGUACAUGGAGGCAUUCACGGACAAACGACGGCGGAAGGAAGGGGCCGGGGGGGCGGUGGGGGAGAGGUGUUGACAUCGUAGGAUGGAUCACAUGCUGCACCCAUCAGAGACACAUCCCGGCAUCCAUCCAUCCAUCCAUCCAUUGGGCAGCGAGACCCGACUGCGUGUGCAUGUGUCUCCUUCUAUGUAUCUUUGUUUGUCCACUCACUCUCUGUCGGACAUGAGCUCCUUGUUCCGCGUGAUUCCAUGGCCGUGGUUCACACCAAACCUCUCCAAGGACCUCCUGCACACACACACACAAACACGUCUCCCCGUUUCCCUUAUGGUAGGCACCCCUGCACCCACCUCCAGCCGAGCUGAUUGACCGCAGGUUGAGGUAAAGUCGGCGUAUCAGGCAGAAGUAGCAUGGUGACAGAGUAGCAGGUGAGUGACCAGUAGAUACACACACACACACAACGGAGACACGUGUGUGUAUGCGUACUUGCAGUGAAUUGAUGAUCGAUCCAUGGUGAUAUGCUUGCAUUGCCUCACACGCCGAUUACCUUUACCUCUUGGCUAGUGGUCAUUGGCCGCCUGAGUUUCUCCUUUGGCGUCUUGGAUGCUAUCAUCUGGUACCUGAACCGACCGUGGUGCAUCAGCUUCGCCAACUCAUCCUCGGGGAUGCUCGUCGAUUCCACACGCAACUACACACACACACACACACACACAUCCACGCAGUGUACGGUGUCUCUGCUGGCAUACAACGUACGUACGUCUGCUCUGUUGUAGGUGGAGCCCAGGGUGAGUGUGGCUCCCUCGCCGGUGAGCUGUCUCGCUGCCCCCACGAGUGAGGGGCGCGACUGUAGGUACGCCGGCCGAGAUCUGGGCGGUGGGUGGGGCCUGGCACACACAGUACAAACACACAUGGAAGGUAGCGCUGCUUUCUCCUUCUUGUCAUCUCUCAAGUGCCGAUAUGAGGAUCCAGCGGACCUUGGCAGUGCCUGCAGGACAUUGCCGCGUUUGGUUUGUACUGCUGUCAUUGCAGAUGGUGGUGGUCGGGUAUGUAAGUAUGUUACCAACCUACCAGUAGGAAUCCCCAGCUGUCGUGCCACUCUUUCUGCAGUUUCAGCUCCUUGCCCACACGCUGCGCCCAGAUCUGCACACAUAGUAAAGCAGAAUCGCCACCGGAGGAGAGAGGCAUGGCUCCCACACCUGUCGACUUACCGCCUGUUCAUGGACGAUAUUCUUCAAGCGAGGGUCGCCGCCCUUGACUUCAGCGCUCAUCUCUGCCCAAAUUGCCUCUGCGUUCUGUGCUCUUUUGCAG